AUGUUCGGCUCACUGGGGCUAUUUAGCGCAGUGCCUUGCCCCCAGAACGGCCGUUGCAACAUAAUAAAUUGCAUCUUUGCGCACAAAGAAGUCAAUUCUAUAGCCGCUGUUACACCCGUCGCUGACUCCAACAAGGCAACAAGUUCCCACCUUGAAAUAACUUCGGGGUUGGCAGCAGAUGAACCGCAUCGGAAAAGGCGACGGCUAUCUGAUGAUGGGAAGAGUGGUUCCAAGGUGGUGAGCCAUUCUCCUCAUGAAGGGGACACGGCUGCUGCCCAACGUGGUUCCACAGCCACACAACGUCUUCGAAACGAUGUUCAUAAUCUUAGCUCUUUGAAGAAACGUGUCUCUCCACCCCCAGUGGCUCGAGCUACAGAACGUUCAAAUGCGGCAGAGGGGUUAAAGAAGAAUCGGGACAACAGCCCUAAACUGAACAUCUCUCAAGACGCCAGUUCGUUACCAACAAGACAUAUAAAGAAAGAAACACUCAAUCCGAGACACUUGUCUAAACCCCCAGCAUCACACGCCAUUCGCAUGUCUAUCCUUAUAAAACUGCAUGGUGCAAUGGUGCGUCUCAAUGAAGAGCUUAAGAAAUCUAACGACCAAUCGAAGAAGUGCUUGACCUUAUCCGCCGAUGAGCUGGUAUCAAUGGCUUUGGACGAAGAAGAAAAAAUUGCGAAGGAGUCUCCUGCUGUUUAUUCAAACGUCAUCAAACUACGUAUAGUGAAAUUAACCAAGAUGAAGCCGCAGGAGUGGCAGGAACUUGUUUUGGCCUUCAUUCGACCUGAUAGUUUACCGGCGGAGAUAAAAGGCCCAAACAUACCACCGAAACCUGUACUAACGGGAUUGAGCGUUGAAGAAGAAAGGGCAGUCCUCUCGACUCUAUAUGCUUCUUCAGAUGAUUUGAAGAGACUUGAGUACGUCACCUCUCCCCCAUCGGAGGAAGACAUUGCUUCCGCAAAACGUGGCAUUGAAGCCUCCCAGGGAUGGGAGAAGUGUGAUCGAUGCAACGGGAGGUUCCAAGUCUUCCCAGGUAGGCGAGCAGAUGGUGCCCUAACGUCUUCGGGUCCAUGCGUUUAUCAUUACGCCAGGCCAAUUCGGCCACCCAAGAAUAAAACAGAUCAUAUUGUGGGACAAAAGGAGUUUUACUACCCUUGUUGUAAAGAAACCGUGGGAACGUCUCCAGGAUGCACCAGGGUAGACUCUCAUGUUUUUAAGGUGACUGAUAUGAAGCGGCUAGCCGCCACAAUGCAGUUUGAGAAAACACCACGGCAAACGGCAAAGCAGGCACUGCCACCAGUUUGUUUCGAUUGCGAGAUGGGAUACACCACGCUAGGACUGGAAAUGAUCCGUUUGACAGCUGUAAGCUGGCCAGAAGGGAAGCUACUCAUUGACGUUUUAGUUAGACCAAUUGGGGAAAUUUUGGAUCUCAACACUCGGUACUCUGGAGUUCAGCCAGAACAAUUUGCAAAUGCUACUCCCUACAAAGGUAGUCAUAUGUCUACUUCUACAUAUGAUCAGGCUGAUUGUGGCAACAAGCUACAAAUGGUUGAAUCACCCGCCGCAGCAAGAGCAUUACUCUUCCAACACCUACAACCAGAGACGUCUCUCCUUGGUCAUGCUUUAGAGAAUGAUCUGAACGUCUGCCGUAUAAUUCACCCUACCAUUGUUGAUACUGUGUUAUUAUACCCCCAUCCAGCGGGCCUUCCGAUGCGGAACGGCCUUCGGGCUCUCACAAAGAGGUAUCUUGGUCGAGAUAUCCAAGCCGGAGGGGGCACUGAGGGUCACGACUCUAUAGAAGAUGCAAAGGCUACCGGAGACCUAGUGAGGUUCAAGGUAGGCGAGAAAUGGAAAACUUUGAAACGGUCUGGCUGGGAGCUCCACGAUGGAAAGUUGAUUGAUCCCACCAAAGCCGAGAAGGCUGAUAAAGAAUCCCGAGUUCUUGAGGCUGCCGUUGGUGUUAAGAGGAAGGCCAACGAUGACAACGAGUGA